AUGGCGGCAGACAUGAGCCAGAGCGAGACCACACUGGAGAAGCUGGCUGCCCAUCAUGUGCAGGAUACGCUGGGCGUUGGUGCGGUCAUUGAGGCCAAGCAGGCAACUGAAGAAGAACAUGCACAAACCCUCUGGCAGGCACUGCGUGCCAACCGCAAGGCUGUCGCAUGGUCCGUCUUGAUUUCGUUAUCAAUUGUCAUGGAGGGAUAUGACACCAUCCUGAUGGGUAACUUCUUUGCCUAUCCCACCUUUCAGCAGAAAUACGGCCAGUAUUAUGGCGAAAGAAUUGGUUGGCAGGUGUCAGCUCCCUGGCAGACUGGGCUGAGUAUGGCCAGCACUGUCGGUUGCGUCUUUGGUGGCCUCCUGAAUGGCUACUUUGCCAGCAAAUUUGGGUAUCGUAAAGUCAUGAUGGUCGCGCUGGGAUUCUUGACUGCGUUUAUCUUCAUUGUCUUUUUCGCCAACUCCGCCGCCGUUCUUCUCGUCGGCCAGAUCCUCUGUGGCCUAUCCUGGGGCGUGUUCGCAACAGUUGGCCCUGCAUACGCCUCAGAGGUCUGCCCGACCAACUUGCGUGGGUACCUCACUAUCUACGUGAACAUGUGCUGGGCCAUUGGCCAGAUGAUCGCAUCUGGUGUCCUCUAUGGCCUGUUACACCGGUCAGAUCAAUGGUCCUAUCGCAUCCCGUUUGCUCUGCAAUGGAUAUGGCCUGUACCCUUGAUGGUUAUCUGCUGGCUGGCACCGGAAAGCCCAUGGUACCUGGUCCGCAGUGAUCGUCUCGAGGAGGCCAGGAACAGUAUCCGUCGCCUGGGAGGGGCCAAGACUGAGGAGCAGAUCAAUGGGCAGUUGGCUAUGAUGGUGCACACGGCCAAGAUCGAGUCCGAGAUUGAAUCCGGUACCACAUACUGGGACUGCUUUAAGGGGGUCGAUUUGCGCCGCACAGAGAUUUGUUGUGUCGCCUUCUGCGGCCAGAUUCUGUCCGGCAGCACGUUCGCCUACUCUCCUGUCUAUUUCUUCGAGCAGGCAGGCAUGAAUAACAACCGGGCAUUCCAGCUAGGCGUGGGCUGCACGGCAGUGGCUUUGGUCGGGACUGCUCUGUCUUGGUGGCUCAUCACCUACCUUGGCCGGCGGACGCUGUAUGUCUGGGGUCAAGGCAUCCUUUCCACGUUUCUCUUCAUCAUUGCAAUCAUUAACUCGACAUCGCAUACAACCGACGCCCAAUGGGCCCAAGCAUCCUUCUGCUUCCUCUGGCUGUUUGUCUUCGCUCUGACCAUUGGGCCUAUCACGUAUGCCAUUGUAUCAGAGACUUCUUCCGUGCGGUUGCGACCCUUGACAGUUUGCCUCGCGCGGACGGCUUAUCAGGUUUGCAAUGUUGUCUCGCAGGUGCUGGAGCCGUAUUUCAUGAACCCUACUGCCUGGAACGCGUCUGGUAAGACCGGCUUUUUCUGGGGUGGCACGGCCCUGCUCGUCUUCAUCUGGGCAUUCUUCCGUCUUCCUGAGCCCAAGGGACGUACGUACGCCGAGCUAGAUAUCCUCUUUACUAAGAGAACCCCCGCUCGCAAGUUCGCUUCUACUCAAGUUGAUCCGUAUGCACUAGUUGAGUCACCCUCUCAGGAGGGUCUGAUCCGUGGUGGGAGACCUUCCCAAAUAACAUAA